GAGGCUCCGGAGGCGAGAGUCUCAGCCAUGGUCUCUGGCACUUAGGCACAGACGGAGCUAGCGCCGCAGAUAGAGAGAGAGCGCGAGAGAGAGAGAAAGAAAGAGAGAGAGGGAGAGAAAGUACAAGAGAGAGAACGCAAGGGUAGGGGGGCUGCUUUUGGGAGAAUUGCUCAACGCAGCAACGACCUCAGCCAAUGCAGCUGCUGAUACUAUGGAAACUAAACCUCUGACCAAUGGAAAUAAUGGAGGCUACGAUGUGGCAGGUUCCUGAAGGGUAUGAGCGCCUUGUCGGCGACCAGCGCUGUUCUUCUCUGGAGCCAGUGCUGGUGACAGGGACAUGGGCCUCUAUCUCAGGGCUUCCAGCACGCUCAACACAAGCGACGACCUGGUCCACAGCGCCACUGAAAGGGACGCGAGGUUCCCCCUUCUCGCCGGGGCGGCAGCAACACCACCACCACAGGCCCAGCACACAGCAGAACAUUGGGUCCCAAUCUCCUGGUAGACGCUCCAAGUAGCCUUCACUAAUGAGGAUGUCUGAUACUGUCAAUGUAAAGGAGACGAGCGAAACCAUGAGGGGUCUGGAGGUCGAGGAAAGCCACUCAACGCCAGGGAGCAACAACCUCAGCAAGUCUGAGAGCCGGGAGCAAAUCGAGCCUGAUGGGGAUGAGAACUGCUGCGAUGACAGGUCUGAACCACAGCGGCAAAUACCUGGACAAGGCGCCAAAAGGCCCAAGUCUAACGCAAAGUUAAAGUUAGUUCGGAGCCUGGCCAUUUGUGAAGAACCCUCUCCUCCCCCAAUUACCUCUGAACUGCUUCCAGAACAUCAGGAUGAAAUUCAGAUCAAGCUCUCCCAGUCAUUUGACAAAGAAGAUGCUCCAGCCAGUAAAAAUGAAGAUGAGCGAGACAAAAGCGGUGACAGGUUGGAGAUACUGGAGAAAAUGCCCCGCAAGAUGCUGUCAAGAGAUUCCAGUCAAGAAUACACAGACUCCACUGGCAUUGAUCUGCACGAGUUCUUGGUCAACACUUUGAAAAACAACCCCAGAGACAGAAUGAUGCUGCUGAAGUUGGAACAGGACAUCCUGGACUUCAUUAGCAACAAUGAAAGCCAGAGGAGAAAGUUCCCCCCCAUGACCUCCUACCACAGAAUGCUCCUGCACAGAGUAGCGGCCUACUUCGGCUUAGACCACAACGUCGACCAAACCGGGAAAUGUGUAAUCAUCAACAAAACUAGCAAUACGAGAAUACCAGAUCAGAAGUUUUCCGAACACAUUAAAGAUGACAAGACCGAUGAUUUCCAGAAGCGAUACAUCCUAAAAAGGGACAACUCCAGCAUAGACAAAGAUGACAACAUGAUGAGAAUGAGGUUGAAAGAAGACAGGAGGAGUAAAUCAAUAGAAGAGCGAGAAGAGGAGUAUCAGCGGGCAAGAGACAGAAUAUUCGCUGAUGGUUUGGAUGCUUUUCCUCUUGAUAAAAGGAUCCAGGAGGAUGAUGCUUGUAACAGCACUCAGCAGAGGCGGCAAAUUUUUAGGUUGAAAGACGGCCGAUCAGGGAAUAGCCGCCAAAGCAGUUCUGAGAACGAGCCCAAGUAUUCAGAACCGCGGCCCUGGAGCAGCACUGACUCAGACAGCUCCAACCGCAACCUCAAGCCCGCCAUGACCAAGGCCAGCAGCUUCAGCGGCAUCUCGGUACUGAUCCGCGGGGACAGCUCCAGCAGCAGCAAGAGCGUGGGACGCCUCUCAAAGACUGGUUCUGACUCUUCUAGUAGUGUAGGUUCAUCCACGGGCUCGCUCUCUCGCUCCCAGCCUCCCCCUCCUCCUGCCCCGGCCCUAACCCAGCCGGCCCACGCCGCGCCUUUGGCCUACCCUGCUGUCAGCACUAGUAGCAGUGUGUCCUAUGAGGGGGGCAGAAGCGGGCCCCCGGUGACCACGGCUAACGCUAGCUACUAUUUGCUUCCCCUGGAAGCGGCGGGGAUACCGCCUGGAAGUAUCCUGGUCAACUCGCACACAGGUCAGCCUUUUAUGAACCCGGAUGGCAGUGCUGUGGUCUACAACCCCACCGUUGCUCCUCAGGCUCCCAGGUCACAGCAGCCUUUACCACCUCCUCCACCUCCUCCUCCACCUCCUGGCCCCCACCAGCAUCAGUCCAGCAAUCAUGUCAUCCCUCAGCCCCUCUGGCCUGUCCAGCCCUCCGCUCAGCCUGUCCAGUACUCAACGGUGUCUUACCCACCACAGCUCCUCUCCGUCUCCCCUAACCAACAGUACACUGUGCAAGACAACCUGAGCGCCCAGUUUAGCCACAUGAGCCUUGUGCGGCAGCCGUCUGGGGAGGGCCGCGACGCCCACACUGCCAUGUACCCCUCCUCCGUGGUGCUUCAGGCCCCUCCGCCGCCCCCUCCUCCUCCUCCACAGCAGCAGGCUGGCUAUAUGGUGCCCUCCCCUGGGCAGAGCAUACCAGCCCCGGCCUACUCCACCCAAGGCCCGGCACCCGUCAACCAGCCAGUGAUGCAGCAGCAGGGCUACAUGCAGCAGCCUAUGCAGCAGAUGCCAGCGUGUUACUGCGCACCAGGCCAGUACCCUCUGUCCAGCCAGCAGUAUCGGCCAGUUGGCACGGUGCAGUACAGUAGCCCUCAGAGCCAGCCCCUGCCCCCUCCCCCACCUGCUCAGCAGCCAGGUUACCAAACUGUGAUGCCAAAUCAACAGCCGAGUUACCAGAGCAUGGUCCAGCAGCCGCAGAGUCAAACCCUGGUGAGCGGCCAACAUAGCAAUAUGGGAAAUCAGAUGCAAGGCAUGAUGGUCCAGUAUCCUUCAAUGCCAUCUUAUCAGGUAUCCAUGCCUCAAGGAUCCCAGGGCGUGCCCCAGCAGACAUAUCAGCAGCCAAUCAUCAUCCCCAACCAGUCCAGCCAUGGGCCCAUGCCUGCGUCCAGCAUUCAGGUCUACUACAGUGUUAUACCACCCAGUCAGCAGAACACCAUGAGCUCCUCUGUGGGAUUCCUCCCUCCUCCAGGCACGGAGCAGAUGCCGUUCCCUCGCACCUCCUCCCCCUGCAACUCCCAACAGAUUCCUGCCCAGCAGUGCUCAGGCAUGCCUCCCUCAGCUCCUGGUGGCAGUAUGGUGAUGAUGCAGCUCACGUUACCUCCAACCCAGCAGCCACGGCCACACUCACCUCCACAGUGGAAACACAACAAGUACCACAGUCUGGACCACCAACGCAGCCAGAAGUCCACCGAGCUCUGCAGCCUGGACACCUCACAGAGCAGUCCUCAGCUGGGCAGCCCAUCCACCUCCCCCGCACAGUCACCCACACCCUCCCACCUGACCAGCGUGAAGAACGUCCGUCCUGGCCUCACUUCUGUUCCCAUCAUGCCUCAGUUCUCCAGAUCCUUUGUCCCGGGGCAAGGCGAGGCUCGGUACCCCCUCCUUGGUCAGCCUCUCCAGUACAACCCCCAGGUCCGUCCUCCUUUACUCCAUGGACCCCCGAUGGUCUCUAAUCACCAGGGCCCGGUGGGGAUACGGCACAGUGGUCGAGGCAGAAAGCCACCCAGGAAAGCGCUGUCUACAGAUCUCAGUGUAGGUGAAGCAGUAAGUGGGCGUGUCCUGGAAGUGACGGACCUUCCAGAGGGCAUCGGCCGAGCACAGGCCGAGCUCCUGCUGAGGGACCUGGGCCGGAUGGGUGCUGUGUUAACGUGGCUGCCAGAUCCCAGAGCAGAUGGCAACCGCACCACUACCACCACACUUGCUGCUGAUCCCGCCUCCACCUACACCAUCCUGGCCACCUUUCCCUCCAGACAGGUGGCGCAGGGGGCCCUCCUCUACCACAACUUCGCCCUCGGCCCUGCUCCAUUCAGACUCAUCCCCAGCAAGAGACACUGCGAGCAGCCCAGUCUGGAGAGGGCCAGCUCCCAAUGAGACUCCUCACUCUUAUCUAACUCCCCAUAAACUCCCAAAAACCUAAAAACCUGAACUCAUCCCGAACAAGCUCCCUUCAACACCAGCAUCCCUCCAUUUCAACAUCACUCUCUUUUUUUU